GUUAUGUGUUAAAUUAAAAAUUUGUUUUAAUUGAUUUUUUUGGUUGAUAUUAUGUAUUUGGAUUGUUUUCCGAAUGAACAAACAAUUUUCUUUAAGCAACGUACCGAUGGAUUUAUUCCUGGAUAUACGGGUCAUUGUCCAACAUUAAAAUUCCGUUUUGGCCAAUGUUAUGGCGCCAAUACAAAACAAAUAAUGCAGGAAUUUAGUGAUCAAAAAAUCAUGAAACGAGUACAACGUGAACCGUAUCGACAUCGUAAUGCAGAAACAUUACAACCAAGUCGUCAACAAACAGCAGCAACAUCGACUGCAGCCAUACAUGGUUCACGUCCUACGGGGGUUCCUUUACGUGAAAAUGGUACUACCAAAGAUAAUGUUGUACAGCAUAGAAGUCGUAGAUAUAUUUUAGGUUACACUGGUUAUAUACCUGGAUUAAGUUUUCGUUAUGGUAAAUCAUAUGUAAGAGCUGCCGAUGAUUGUAUGGCCGAAUUCGGUGCACGAUUAUACGAACAACGUAGACGAUUUGAGAGUGAACGGCGGGCUCGAAGUGCCCCACAAAUGGAACCGAUUCGAGGACGUGAUGAUGUUUCAAAACAAAUGAAAGAUUAUUCAGUGAAGAAACAAACACGAUUCAAAGAAAUUUUAGAUCAUCAUUUAUCACCGAAUUCACCACCGAUAGCUGGUUACACCGGACACAUACCACGAUUGGCGAACACUGAAACAUCAUUAUCACAGCGUUAUGAUGCGGCUGCACGUACAAGUCUAGCACAUUUAGAAAAGGAACGUAGACAGCGUAGAGAGCUACGUUCAGCCGAACGUAAAGUUAAUAGUCAUGUUACCGAAUAUAAACAAAGAAAAAAUAUUAAUUGAGAGAGAGAGAGAAAGCAAUGUAUAUAUUAUAUCAAUUAUGAGUGAAUGAAAUAGAUCUGUUUUUUUUUUUUUUUUUUAAUUACGAACAGAUAAUUCCAUCACACUUAAAAUAUGCAUCCGGCUUGAAGGACCAAUUGAAGAAUUCAUUUUUACUUGAAACGCCUUUAAUUCUCCAAAUAGGUCAAUAGUAUAUUAAGGCUUUACUGGUAAGCUCAUAACUUUUGCUACACGCUACGAUUUGAAAUAAAUAGACCCGUAAAUAAAGUUCAAAAUGUUUUAAUCAAAUAAACGGCCUAAAUUUAAUAAGUACCGGUUACACGACAGCUUGCCUUUGCUAUUUUUAUUUUCGAAAGUGAUAAGUUACGAGAA